AUGAGCAUGAGCGCAAGUGCAACCAGACCACCUCCAACGGCGCAGUCACAACAGACUUCCCGCCGCCUGCUCAUCUUCCAGGAGGCGCGCAAUCCCCACAAUGUGGCAGAAACAGUCUACCUCCCUGUGAACAAGCUGGGUCUGCCUAUCUGUGGGGAUGGACCUGAAUUGCCGUCUAUCUUGGAGUUGCCGUUGCGUGUUUUGAGGGUUUUUACGGAGUUGUUUAAUCAGCCGAAAUAUAAGGGGUGGUCCGUCCUCUCUGCUGGUCCUUACCACGAUACCUCAGAAGAAGGGAAGUUCUAUGCCGUCGUUCUGGAGCAGGUCGUUCAUGUGCCGGCUUAUGUACCUCAUGACAGUCAUAUUGGGUCUCCUUGA